GAUCAUCUCUCGAUUCCGUCAAUCAUGACUCAAGGAUAUUACUCUCGUGAUGCGGCCGUCACGGCCAUCCGCUCUUUCUACCAGUUCUUCGCAACGCUGCCCUCGCUUGCGCCGGAGUACAUCUGGGAGCCGCCAUCGGGUGGUUGGCCGGAGGUCAACGGGACGACACUUUCGCGUCUUAGCAGGAAUAGGGAUGUGGUUGAUUUGCUGAGACAUAUUCCGUAUAUCAACGAUACGCAGAUUGCGUUUCAUACGACGGUCAUAGACUAUACGGCUGAUGUCAAGUGGUCGUUUGAUAGGAGUGGAGCGCAAGGCAAUGUUCUUCCUUGUGGUGCUGGUGUUUUACCGGAACAUGUAGCGGUGUUGACUGAUGGGGGGAAGUAUGGGAGUUGGUUGUUGCUGGAUACUCAAGAAGGCACUAUCACAGACUUCAAGUCAAUGGAAACUCCAGAGAGCAUAUUUCCACCGCCGGGACACCCAGAGCAUUGGCGAGCUUAUCGGACGCUUCCAAUUCGUGAUUUCUUCGAAAGCUGGAAAGAAAAGUAUCGGUCGUUGGCAUGGGUGGUGAUGCCGGAUGAGGAUGAUGGAGUUUUGUGUAAUCAGGAGCCCUCAUCUAAUGAGAUUCGGGAAAUCUAUCGUGCUCAUGGAUGGCCGUCUUUUUUCCGACGUGAGGAUUGUAAAGAGGCUCUGCUGAAGUGGAGGUACAAGAAGCUGUGCGCGGAAUCGGGUACUAGACGUCGGCAUCAGAAGCAUUAAGAAAUUUGUG